GGUUGCCUCGGGUGUACAGUAUGAGGAUGCUGAGCCAGAGCUUCGUUGGGCGGCCUCCACGACAUCGCUCAUGGUGAGAAUUUGAUUGAGAACAGUCAUCGAGGCUCUGACAAGGGUGAAGGCGGUAUCACCAGUGAUUUGGGUGGUACCUGCGAUCAGAUGAAGAUUGUGGACAAUUCGCCAGAACACGGGGAUAUUAGCUGCGUGUUCCCCCGCGAGAUCGUCGACAUCAUCAUCGAUCACCUUGGCCAGCUGGAGACUCGUGGUGUCUUGCAAAAGUGUUGCCUAGUCUGCCGGGCCUGGGCUCUCCGAGUGCGACUCCACCUCUUUAGGCGUGUCGAGAUCCGUGUCAAAGGACUAGAUAACGAUUGUGACGACUUUCAAGAACAACUUGAAAAUACUCUGUGCGAAUUCUCCGCUUUCCUUUCCCGAGCCCCCCCCCCCCCCUUCAGUAACGCAUAACAUACGUACGCUGAAGAUUUGCAGCGUCCUACCACAUCCGGUAUCCCUUACAUCGAUCUGGAACGUGGUCGUCAAACUACCUUUUCUGCACACCCUUCAUAUCUCUCUCCUACGGAUCGUCGGUCGCAUCAAACAUCGGGAUGCAGCUCACUCCUUUGCAUCUUUGCGGUUGGAUCGGCUCACGCAGAUUGAGGGGCUGUACACCUUCCUCGAUCUCUUCCUCCUUUCUUCCAACCUGACGGCGCUCGAGAUGGUCUCAAUCGCAGGGCGUUUACGACUACCCUACAGAAGACGUCAUUACUUAUGCGAAGCAGUCACUACCGGCGUGCAUAAACCUGCAAAGUUUGUCGCUUUGCAGUAAUUUGAAUUACCUCUUCGCGGGUCCUCUUCUCCCCAUGAUGUCGGAGAAUACACUGACCAGUCUUUCUCUGCGGUGCGGUGUUACCAGUGGACAUUCGGGUACGGAAGAAGUGGGCAAACUCAUUCGUCACGCUCACCGAACACUUGAGCAUUUAAGUCUAAAUUUGAGUUCGUCGCUGGAUGAUGAAGGUACGUGUGCAG